AUACAAAAUCAUUCUCGUACCGAAUAAGUAGGGUAUGGAGUAUAUUAUUAUUAAUUAUUAUUCUUAGGGGCGCAAGUAGUUAAUUGCUCUCUGUUGGGGGCGUUUAAAACAUGAGGUGACAGGGAAAGACGAGCUGUUUAACACACAAGAAACGUUUAUCUAUUUUAAUGUAAAUACAAAGAUUACUAAAAGGAGAGGAAGUGGGGUCGAAGGCCUUUUUGACUACUUUUGUUUGCCGGACAGCUGUAAUGGAAAAGUGAGCAACGAAUUACGAAAGGGGUGGGAGUGAUGUGCAGCAAUGAGUUAGUAGUAAAAUCUUGGUUACGAUAUUUGAAAGAAAAUAAAAAUACAUAAACGGCUUCAGAGAUGACUUCAACGUCCUCCACGUAGGAAGGGCCCACUCCAGCCUGUAAGAAUCUCACGUGAUUCAAAUUGAAUCCCUUUGACUUCUUUACCUCUAAAUCUACCAUUACUUCGGGCCCACAUUUCCUCCUACACACCAACUUCAAUCAAUCCACCCCACCCCUAACAAAAUUCCCUCCUUCACCUAUUCAUGUUUCCACAUUGUAACCUAUUCCUUUUAUACUUCUUUAAUGCCCUUUUUGUAUUUAUUUGAUUAUUAUAGAUCAUUUUAUUUAACUCACAUUAUUUAAUAAGUUACUAAAUAUUAUCUGUUCUUAUCGGAGAUCAGUCGAGAGGGAUGAUCUAUUGAGCAAGAUUGGUGAGCCUUCCUUGCUGGGUACGUCGGCUGCUCUAAAGUGGGGGUGAUACCUGAAAAAAAGACUCUGAUGUUAAAGUUAGUCUUUGAUAGUGUAAUCGUUUCAUAUAUAUAGUGCACGUACCUUGAUGUGAAUUAGAAUUUUCCUCUUAGGCGAGGGUAAUGUUGAUUUGGGCCUGAGAUUAACCACGGCCCGAUAGAUAGUGGACCUUUGCUCUGGCCAAUGUCAUGUGGCGUCUAUCUGAUGUCGUUUAUUGCUUUAAUGCUGAGCUCAAGCUCGGCUUCUCGACGGGGAUAGUACACUAGCCCCCUGAGCUCUGAAGACCUCGGGUCGAGGAGUUGAUACCGAGUUUGGUGGAGGGUCGCGACUUUUCAUCUCUGCCUCUUGGGCGAAACGUCAUGUGUCAUAAAGUGUCACCUCGUUUCCCGAAACGCAUGGGCGACUUGUAAUGAAGGGUGGCGGCUUGUAAUGAUGGGAUGCACCCUGUCAUUAUGAGUCUCAUUUAAUGCUCUGCAUCUUUUGUCGUUUUCCACGUUUUAAAUCACUUGGGGCUUUUUCUCCUUCGUACAUUUGGUUUCCCAUUCGCGCGUAGCUUUUCCUCUGCACACUUUCCUCUCCGUUCUUCUUCUCCGUCGUCGUUGUCUUGUCAUUGUUCAAGGAGUACCAGGUACUUCUUCUUUGUUUCCCUUUUCCCUUUCUGUUAGUAGUGUUGUGAGCGAUGGCCGGUGAGGGGGAGUAGGGCCUAUCGUCGCCUAGGGUCGCUUCUGGGCAGGCCAAGGGGAAAGGUAAGGCGAAAGUGGCUGCCACUGACAGUGAGCCUAAGAAAAAGAGGGGGGGUAAUAACCCCAAGGAUUCACACCCCGCCAUCUUUGUCCCUGGGUAUGAGUGGGUUAGAGGAGAUGUGGGUACCUUCAAGAGUAGGUUCAUGUCUUAUCACGAUGUGAACUCUGUGUGUAGUUCACUCGUGAUUAAUAGGUCGCCUGUUUCUGAGCUCAUCCGGGUUGAGCCUUGCCAACCUGGAGAGCGUGUGUAUAUGCCGUGUAUUGUGAACACUCCGUUCUUCUACAUGUACCGCUGUUUCUUUAGGUACCUCGGUGUUUGCUUACCCUUCAACGAGUUUGAGUGUCGGUUUCUUAGAUUUAUAAACGUGACCCCUUGUCAAUUGCAUCCCAACAGUUGGGGGUUCUUGCUCGCCUUUCAGGUUUUGUGCUCAGCUUUGGGGAUGAAUGCCUCUUUGCCUGUCUUCCUUCAUUUCUACCAGCUUAAGCUGGGUGAGCCUCCUCUAGGUUGGGUGUCUUUGAGUGGGAGUAAGGCUGGAGGGGUAUUUCAACUUUACUCUUAAUCGUACAAAAACUUUAAAGAGGAGUUCUUCCGGAUCUGGCUAUAAACAAUGAUCCGAUGACCGAGGAGGUCUUCCAUUUUGGGGGGAGCCGAGGUUCCCCUUCUUCUGGCAACAAAGCCCAACGAAGUUUAACGGGCCGAGUUGUAUACGUUUGUCGGACUCGGACAGGGAUGACAUUGCCAACCUGGAGGAGUUGUCGUGGCCUUUGGAUAGCAAACUUGUGUUGUCGAUGGCGGGUUUGAAGAAUAAAGAAAGGGGGUUGGAGCAGUUGAUGGGGAAGAGUAAGUGGCGCGAGCUGAAGGCGAAGUCCAACAUCGAGGAGCUUGAGGUGCCCGAGCCUGGUGAGGAGGUCGCUCCUCUAGAGACUCGUCGCAAGAGGAAAAGGGGGCCCGACGAGGUCAGGGAGGCCUCGAAUCUUCCAGUUUUGGAGGAGGUGACGUCGAAGAUCACCGAUCCUCCUGGUACGAUUGAUCUGACCGUCAGUCCUCGGGCUGAGUCACCAUCGAGUGAGCCCGUGGUGGAGGCUAUUCCGCUAAGACAUGCGACUCUGACAUCAGCCUUGGUCGAGGUUAGCGAAGGAGGUCCGAGCUCUCCCGCCAUUCCAACAGCGGCCCCUCCGAUCUCCACCUCGGCGAACCCUGGCGCUUCCUCGGCUUAGAAGUUGAGGUGCAUUGUCCAGCGCUUCGACGUCAGCCGGCCCUUGGCGAGAUUGGACCACGUCAACAUCACUCCCGAUGUGACAUCAUUGUGGAGCGCUAACCUUACCGCCGAAGGAUUCUAUAAGGAGGAUCCAACUUUUGUGGCUGACAAGGCCAUGAUAGAGAAGGUGGGGCCAGUGGAGGGCCUGGACUUGGCGGAGGUCUUCAUGCAGAGGUCGAUUGCCAUCGUGGAUCAUUGGAGGCGGCGUUGGCAGAAGCAUGAGGUUGAGCUAGAGAGAGUGCGGAGAGGCGUAGCGGAGCUUCCAGCUUUGAAGAGGGAUUUCUCCAAGUUGCAGAAGUCGUUGGAGGUUGCUAUGAAGGCCAAUGAGGCCUAUGCCACCCAGGUUGGCGAGCUGGUGAGUGAGUGCUGUGAAGUCGGCCAAGGGCGAGGCUGAGGUCGCCCUGGGUCGAGUGCGACUGCUGGAGGAGGAGAAUAUCUUCUUGAAAGCCAAAUUGCGGGCGGCCAAAGAAAAGCAUCUCUGUGAUGAGGUUUUUCUGGUUGGCAAGGGCGAGGAGGUUAGUGCCUUGAAGUUGGACCUUGAGGCACUGUCUUCCUCAAAGAAAGAAGUGGAGAAGACUUUUCAUGAGACCCAACGCGUCGUGAUAGUUGAGCAUAAGAGGAGAUUUGCCAAGGCGGCUUGCCAGGCCCGAUUAAUUGCUCCUGAGGUAGACUUCUUGUUGAUGCACAUUGAUAAGGAUGUGCGAGAUGGGCAGUUGGUGAAUGAGGACGACUUGUCUGAGAGUGCUAGCGAGGAUACUGCUGCCUAAGCCUUUAUUUCUCCUGCCUUCCUUUUGUUGUGAUAGACUUAGCUUAAUUUAUUUGCUUUUGGUGUUGUAUUGAACUCAUUACUUUUUGAAUGAAUUUGCUAUAUAUAUAUUGCUUUUCGCGCUGUUGCUUGAAAGU